AUGCCCGGACCCAUAGACAUGCUCCUAGGUGUAGAAAUCUAUAAGCAGAUUUUCAAUGGACGCAAAUUUUCUUUAAGCGAAGGAUUUCCUUCCGCAUACGCAUCUAUUUUCGGCUGGGUUCUGAUGGGUAGAGCUCCAUCGAAAUCUUACGGUUCGCAUCAAGCUGUAUCUAUGCCUUGUACCGUUGACCUCAAUUCCAUUCUUACAAAGUUCUGGGAAGUAGAGGAGGUUCCAACGAAAGUCAUACAGGAUCCAGACGAUCUGCUUUGCGAAAAACAUUUUGUAGAGACCCACUCUCGCGACUCUUUCGACAGGUUUAUCGUACGCUUACCAUUCAAACCUGGAUAUCUGCUUCUAGGUUCAACAUUUGAUAGUGCUCUUAAGCGGUUUUGUGGUUUAGAACGGAAACUCAGCAAAGACAGUCGUCUCAAGGAGCUCUACAUGGAGUUCAUGAGAGAUUAUCUUAAUGCAGGUCACAUGCGACCAAUUUCUCCCAACGUAACUUCGAAUAGACACUACAUACCCCAUCAUGGUAUGCUUAAAGAUAGCAGUAGCACCACCACACGUCGAGCGGUAUUCGAACCCUCUGCGCCUGGUAGCUCCGGUGUCUCACUCAACCAGCUACUGAUGGCAGGUCCAAAGCUACAGCAGUGCACCAGCGCAACGUGCAACAUUUAA